GAAUCUUUGUUAACUAGACCAAAAUCUGUUAACGACGAAUUAUGGUCAAAUAAAUUCACCAGAAUAAUACCACUACCACUACGAUUACCACUAUGCCCCUUCGCAAAUCUUUCUCGGAACUGAAUACCUCUUCUAAAACUCGCCAACAAUGGAGUAAAACAAGGAGCCAUUCAACCGUAGCUCGAGCCGCGCGAAAUCCAGUCUCAAAGCCACUUCAGCCCAUAUCCGAAGUCACCAAAAACAAGCUCAAUGCUUUCAAGCGUUCGGAUCCAACUAAACCCGAUGAUCACGAGGCUGGCGCAUCUACUGUCAGCACCGAGGCAACUUUAAAUGCUGAUACUAACUCCAAAGUCGAGGUUGAGGAGACAGCUAACGUUCCCGCGCCCAAAGAAAGCACCACUCCGCCUUCAAAUCGGCUAGCAUGGCACGAUCUUAUUGGGACGGCCGAAACCGAAAAGGAAGAAGAAGGCUCUCCCAAUGAAAAGAUUGGCUGGGAUACAAAAGAAGAUAUACAACAUCGGUUAAGGCUAUCGCCAGUGAUGCCAGGUAAAAGAGGAAAGAAACGAGCCCGAAGUUCGUCGCCCGUAUCAUCACCUGCCUCUCAUUCAAAAUACCGCGUCCCAGCUGUAAACGUCGAAAAGUUGUCGCGAGCGCUUAAGUCCCCUCACGCCGACCCUGCGCUGGAAUUGUGGGACAGGUUCUCUCAAAAUGGAUCCGCGACCGUCGCGCCCCUGGGAGUAAUGAAUUCAACUCUAGCCCAAAUCAUGGUCUCAUCUUCACCCCGACCGUCGAGGGUAGCAGGAGAAGGUGGGCUACGAAGGGCUAUCAGCUGUGGAGAAAACUGGCCUAAACGUCGAAGGGUUGAACGGACAGAAGCUGCAAAGCCGGCGGAGAUCAAUGUCGACGAGAGUCCUAGUCGUAGUUCGAAGUCGUCUAUGGUUAACGCCCUGCUGCAAAGCGUAACGGGGGAACUUAAUAGAUCCAAAGCGAUCCAGGCCUGUCAAGAUGCACCUGAGUCCCCGUUACACAAGAAGAAGUCUUCUCAGCCAGUAACACAAAUUCCCAGUUCACCCACCAGACGAAUGUCGUUUUCAGGACCCUCUCCGGUGUUUGCUUUAAAAGCUAUAACAACGGAAAAUUCAGGGUCAGAAGAAACAUUAGUAGGCAAUUCUUCUGACUACGACGACGAAGAUUUCGAUGACGACGCACUCAUGGAACUAGGUGUAAGUAUAGGCGAAUCCUGUGGAGAACCGAUAAAAGAACUAGCGGUGCCGCCGGCAGAUACUGGGCAAGAUCAGAAACAACUCGACCAAAAGUUGGAGUCAUUUGAUGAUGAUGAUGAUGAUGAUGAUGAAUUUAAUGAUAUGGACGACGACGACAUAUUCGCUGUCGCCGGAGACUUGAUAACGCAAAUUGACGAGACACACACACCACCUCAGCCUCGUGCUACUACGCCGCAGAAAAUCCCAAUCCCUAUAUCUGAUGACCUUGCUGAGGAUAUUUAUGGCGAUGAUUUUGGGGGCGAUUUUGAUUUUGACGCUGCUGAAAUGGCUGCUACGCAGUCUGUCUCUUUUGAGCAGAUGGACGGAUCGUUACCUGUACGUUGGCGGUAGUGGGAAUGAAUUGAAUUUGGUUGCUAAGAGUGUUUGUAGGUAGCCAAUAAGCCCAAGACAAUUCAGAGAUACCUAGUGACAAAG